UCGCCUCAGGCUCUUACACGGACAGGAAAAUCAUGGAGCUGGCCACGGUCCAGUCCCAACGGGACAGUCACCACCGGGCGGAAUUGGAGUCUUGCAAAGUGAGUUUGAAGAAAUUACAAGAAGCUUUGGCGACCAAAGACCUGGAGGUCGGGCGUUUGACCGCUCUCCAAGCUACCCUGAACCAGGAACGGGUGGCUCUCCGUCGAGCCCAACAACGGGAAGGGUGUAACCUGGAAUACUUGAAAAACGUGGUGGUCGACUACCUCUCCUUCCCCCCCGGGGCGCUGUCGGAGAAGGCGUCUUUGGAACGCGUCCUUGCCACCCUCUUGGCUUUCUCUCCCCAGGACAGAAAGAAAAUUGCCGAAGGCAGAGAGGGAGGACAGGGGGGG